AUGCUGGCUCGCUCCCUCCGCUCGCUCGCUCCUCGCCUGUACUCGCUUCCCAACAACAAGCAAGCCCAGGCCCAGGCCCUGGUGAUUUGCAUCAUCACCGCCGAGCUGCUCUCGGAUUUCCGCACGCCCACCGCGCCCUACCGGCCCAGAAGGGGGAGAAGGGGCUCCAUCCAGCCUCAAACAGCCAAUCUCAGGGCCCGGCUGCUGUGCCGAUCAGACCUGUGGUCCAUUGGCCUCAGCCCUAUCCGAUCUCAUCCAUUCCACCACCUCGCCGUCUAUUCCGUAUCCAUCUCGCUCUGCCUCGGACGUCAGCAGGUGCCAGGCCGCGGAUACGGCACGGUACGGUACGGUACGGUGCCGCAGCCCUACACGGGACUGACGGCCAGCAGAUACGACGAGACUGCGACGGCCGCCGUAUCCACCGUAUUCACACUCACACACGGCGCCGCAUCGCACGGCACCGCACUUGAUCCCUCGUCCCCUGGGAACUACACAUACCCAGCUCCUCCUGGUGUAUCGCCCGCAGCUUCUGGCACUUCCCAUCCAACACCCAUCGCCACCCCUGCCACCUCGCCCAGUGCUCCUUCGACAACAGGCGGGAGCACUGUCGGCGCCGGUUCCAGCGUGACGCCCAGCGGCCAUGCCGCCAACACCAGCCUCUACCAGUGUGCCGACUGUCUGAAGCGAUACUCACGCCCCGAGCAUCUCCAGAGACACAUCGCCACUCACACCCUGGGAAAGCGCUUUAUUUGUGACGUAUGCGGGAAGGCUUUUGGGCGUGCUGACCUCCUCAAGAGACACCGAGCCAACCACGACGAUGAUGGCAAUGGCACCAAGAGGAGGCGCAUCAACUCGUCUCCCGGCGCCGGCCGUGUCGCCCACGCCUGUCAGGCCUGUGCAAAGGCUCGCGUCAAGUGCGAAGAGUCUAAGCCAUGCACGAGGUGUCGCAACCGCAACUUGACCUGCGAAUAUGCCUCUUCCGAGGCAGGCUCAGCCGCGGCGAUGCAUCUGUUGCAUCUCUCCGCGAACGCGCACUCCUCCGGCGCAACCACGCCCACUUCCUCUGCGCCCAUGGCUCCAGCCGUCCACGGCGCAGUUCCCACCUCGCAUCACUUGGGGUCGAGGUCGUUGCGCUCCAAUGCGGCUGAGGCUAUGCAUACACCUGGGCUCCACAACCCUGCCGCGCCUGCGAUGACGAAUCUUGUCCACGCCCAGGCGACCGGUAGCAGCCCUUCCAUCCUGGCCAACAAUCCACCAAUCAACGGCGAGGCCGCUCAGCUACCCACCCCUGAGAACAUGAUGGACCAAAACAAUCCAGACAGCUACGGGGCAUCAUAUCACUCUAAUCAAAACAUGGUGGAUAUGAACAGACUGCCCUUCUCAGAUUUCCUGCGAGACGUUCUCUAUGACCAGCAACAGCAAAUGGACUCCCAAAAAAUGGCUGAGGCGCAAGGCCUUGCUGUACUGGACUUCUGCGACGACGCCAACCUAGAGAUGAACGACCUUGACUUUGGCAUGCUGGACAACUGGAACAUCGGCAACGUUCACGGCAUGCUUGCCACGGAUCCAAAUUUGGCCAACUAUGUUUCCAACCAACCCGAGGACACCGCGGAUAUGUCUCGGAUGCGCCAACGUCUAGUCAAGAUAUGGACGAAUUCACCCUGGCGGUGGAUGCCUGACGGGCACAAGGACAAUAUCCACAACCAGAAGAGUGGUCUCCCAUUAGCCGACAUAAGCACCACGCAACUAAAGCCCGACAGGAUCAUCCAUGACAAAUUGGACUCGUCUGGACGCGACAAGAUCCUUGCCAUCGUUUUGAGUACUUGCCAGAACAAUGUCAUGCUGAGCCGCGUGGCGUCGUCGUUUCCCUCGACUGAUGUGAUGGACUCCCUAGUUCACAUAUUCUUAGCGUGGCACUUAUGUCAAGUGUCAGAGUUCAUACAUUUUGGAACAUUCGCGUUGAAUGCACAAUGCCCUGAAUGGACGGCAGUUGCUGCAUCAGCGGGUGGUAUCUUGACAUCUGUGCAAUCUCUUCGAAAGUUUGGGUUUGCUUUGCAAGAGGCAGUCCGCGUUACUAUUCCCAACAGAUUCGAGGACAACAACUCCAAAGUUCAGGAUCAAAGUUUAGUUCAAGCCCUUGUCUUGGGUCAUGAUAUUGGAUUAUGGAGCGGCAAUAGGAGGCGCAUGGAGAUAGCCGAAUGCCGGGCAGAGGCAGUUUUCAAAGGUCGUCAUAUCCGCCACUCCAUGUCGACCCUGCAGAUGACGGGGCCGUUUUGGAAGAAAAGUGGAAGACAUGGUGUCACCGAGAGUCUUGGAAAAGAACUGACGUUGCCGCUCCCUGAGGCGCGGGAGCUCUGGUUUGCGAAAACCGCGCGGGAGUGGAAGAUGCAUUAUCUAGAGAGAAACGCCGGCCAAGAUAGGAGGCCACCUUCACUUGGGGACCUCUUCCGCGACAUCAACCUCCUAGCGACUGAGCAUCACCGCUUGGAUGUUCAAUAUGCUGUCUCCAUCUACCUCCACGGCUUCUGGUCUCUUAUCCGGGAGUACCGGCAAAUGAACGCCAUCUAUCGGUGGUCUGCAUUCUCUCCAACCACUGCAGGUAACCCAAAUGUUCUGCUCCAGUCGCGUCACCAAGAGCUUGUCAAGUCUCUCGAGCAGUUCCAAGCCACUGCCCUACAGAGCUGGCCACAUAUGCUCAGUGCGCAGGAGAAAGUCGUGCUUAACCUCCUUUUUGUAAACCUGCACGUGAGCUUGGAGGACCUGCAGCUAUUCUCCGGCAAGGAGGGCGAUGACCAAGCCAAGCGGAUCUACCCCUCCCUGCAGCGAUGGGCACAGGAUGCCGAGGCCCGCCGUGCUCUGUGGCAUGCGGGCCAGAUUCUCAGGUGGGCGAAGGAGUUCCCUCCUGGCCACCUGAAGGACUUCUACGCGGUCGCGGUGCACCAUGCCGCCCUGGCGAUAUGGACCUGGGGCGUGCUGACCCGCGCAAUCAGGCGGACUACCGGGUUGCAGCCGGGCUUCAACCACAACGAGCCACUCAUAUACCUUGAUGGGCCCGAGAUGAGCGAGACCGCCCAGUUCACGUCGUACGGGACUGGCAGGCCUGCCAUCCGUGGACCCGUGAAGAAGGGCCAGGGCGGUGGCCGGGAUAGCGCUGGGGGCGGCAGUGGGACGGCAGAGAGCCUCCUCGAGGAGCCCAAGCCCACCAUGGCCAUCGUCGAGGAUGUGUUCCGGACGAAUUACCUGAAUGGCCCAGUCGCCCCUAUUGUCGAGAAUCUGAUUCACCUUAUCAAGCAGCUUGGCAAUGCAGCUUGGGCUGUUGGCCUGGGCUAG